CAGGCAAGUGUGAAACAGACAGACCACAAAACUGUCAACAGUCAGUUGAAAGUCAAAAGUGCUUGUUUUGAGGGUGGACAUCUUGUUUGAGCUCAGAAGUUAGUGAUUUUCUGAUCCUCUAGUGAUAUUGUUAGUGCAAUUAUGGGUCGAUCACGCUCCCGAAGUAGGACGCCCAAGAAACACCACAAAACAAAACAUCAUAAACGUAGCAAGUCGAGGGACAGAUCUGAGGGCAUUCUGAGCACCCACAAACGCCAUAGGGAGCGGAGCUCAGAACGCCCAGACAGACUGAAAGAGAAGCCCGUCAAAAAUCGAAAACGUUCAGAUUCCAUUUCAUCAUCAAGCAGUAGCGAUUUGUCGAUCGACAAAAUCGAAAGACACACAAGCCGAAAACACAAAUAUCGGAAAUUGGAUGAAGUGGAACGACUAGCCGAAAUGGAACGGCAAAGACGACAGCGCGAGGCUGAACAGAAACUCGUGGAAGAAGAGACGGCAAAACGUAUUGAAGAUUUAGUCAAAAAACGUGUGGAAGAAGAGCUGGAGAAGCGACGCGAAGAAAUCGAACGCGAAGUGUCCAAACGAGUGGAAGAAGCGAAGCAAAUCAUGGAGAAGCAACUGAUGGAGGACCUGGAAAGACGGAAAGCGAAACAGCGCGAAGAUGAGCGCAAACGAGAGGAGGAGGAGCGGAGAAAACACGCCGAGGUGCAGCACAUUCUAGAGGAGAACCAGCGCAAGAUUGAGGAAGCUCAGAAGAGACUGGCAGAAGAACGGUUGGCGAUGGUGGAAGAGCAGCGGAAAAUCGAUGAGGAGCGACGGCGGCUGGAGAAAGAGCAGGAAAAGCGCUCGAAGGAGGAACAGAGGAAAAUCCUCGGCAAAAACAAUUCCAGGCCCAAGCUGUCCUUUUCAUUGAAACAAGCCUUGUAGCAUUCUGCAAGGCACUAGUUAAGAUACCUCACUCCAUUUAAGAUAGUCUGUACAUUGUUAAGACUUUAUAAUAAUAAAAUAAGGAAGAGAGA